AUGGAAAGACUCUUUCAUAUAGAAGAUAUCCUUGCAUACAUAGAAGAGCAGAAAAGAGGGAACGCAAGUGCCACACGGCAGCUAUCGAUGUACUACGAGGCAACUCAGAAAAACCUAGAGGCAAAUGAGAAGACGUAUUCCUUGUGGGAGGGAUACAUCCAUACAUUAGAGAGGAAUGGGUAUGCACACACGGAAAUAAGAGAAGUAUACAAAAUGCUAAAAAGUAAAUUCUGGAGAUUUCUGCAGUUCUGGCAGGGGUGGUUUAGCUAUGAAAGCCGUCUUCCCAUUGACCAAAGCAAGAGGGCAAAGGUUUUAGAGCUGGCCCACGACAUUCUGCAGUACAAAGAGUGUAUAGGAAAAGAAAGAAUUAUUGCAUGGAUUAAAGAGAGGUCAGUCGGUCUUGCUAGGGAAAGCAAUGCAACCAAGUCCAUAACCUAUCCAGAUACACCUAAAAGCCAGUACACAGAUACGGUGGAGAAUAGUAUACAGGAAAUACGUGAGUGCGCCCAGCGGGAGAAGCAGGCAUUUGAAGAAUAUUCUAGGAGCAUGUCUGGGGUGCACGCGGCGCAGGAGAGUGGGCCUAUUUUGAAUAGAGACAGUCAGUAUGCAUUUAGAGGCGAGAGUAGAGGAAAUCCAGAUUAUUCAGGGUAUAUUGAUAGAGAGGCAGUGUUUGGGUAUAGAGAUGCACCAGACCUGCCGCCAACCGAUGGUUUAGCUAGAAGGGGGAUUAAUGAAAACAAUUUGUAUAGAGAAGAAAAUGGACAGAUGCAGGGAGGCGCAUAUGCAUAUGGCCAGAGCAGAGAGAAUGCGCGUCUUGAGUAUUCGCAUGAAAGAAAGGAUAGAGAUGUGGAAGCGAAUCACUCAUACAUUCUAGAUGGCGCUCCUAAUAUAAGUAUGAACUCAGAAAUAGAAAUGGGAAGAGGAGGCCCCGUUAGAGCAAUGGGCUAUCCCGUUCCUUUAUUUGAUCAAGAGAACAUAUUUACUGCAUCUGGUGGAAGGGUGUAUAAUCCAGAAGGCCCAGAAAUGUAUAAAGAAAGGAGUAGAAAUGAUCUGGUUGCAGAGUACAAUGAAGCUAGUGAAAAGAGAAAGGCUAGCGAACAGAGCAUAGAUAGAAAAAAGGAUGGGAAUAUAACAGAGACAGGAAAAGUAUUUGACUUUAAAAUAGGAACUAGUGUAGUAGAAGAGAAGGAGGCCCAGCAAGAAACUGCUGUUCUAACACAAGCAGCAGAGGCCGCAGCAUCGGACAAGUAUUUCAAUCUCUCAGCAGCAAAAAAAAUAACACUAAAUGGAAAAAAGCUGAGAAUUCUACGAACUAUUGGCAAAGGAGGAAGCGCAAAGGUGUACCAGGUUCUUUCAGACAAAAAUGAAGUGUUUGCGCUGAAAAAGAUAAAAAUAUCACAGGAUACAGAAGACAGCGAGGUGUAUAAAAGUUAUGCGAAUGAGAUAUCCCUUCUGAAGCGGCUAAAAAACAGGCACGAAAUAGUUACGUUGAAAGACAGCUACAUAAACAAAGACAGAAUAGCUAUUCUGAUGGAGUAUGGAGAUAUUGACUUAUGCCGGUUUCUAGAGAUAGAAAAAGCAAGGUUUCCAGGCGGGUAUAGAAAGAGCAAUGAAAAUUACACAAUGGUCAGUAUAUGGGAACAGAUGCUCAGAGCAGUAAAGUGCAUACACGAACAUAGGAUAGUUCACAGAGACUUAAAGCCAGGAAACUUUCUUUUUGUAAGCGGACGACUAAAGCUUAUAGAUUUUGGAAUAUCAAAAGAAAUAAGGAAUGACACAACAAACAUAAUUAGAGAAAAGCAGAUAGGAACAAUAAAUUACAUGUCGCCAGAGGCAAUAAUAGAGGGGAAGACAAAGAUGGGAAGAAACAGUGAUAUAUGGUCUCUUGGGUGCAUUCUAUACGAAAUGUACUUUGGGGAGUCGCCAUUCAUGCAGUUUAAAAAUCUUGUUCAAAGAAUGCAGAAGCUACUAGAUCCAGAAUAUACAGUAAAACUUCCAGAACAGGAAGAUGGAGACAAUAACUACGCAAGAAUAUCCGAAGAAAUAAAAAGGUGCCUGGUAAGAGAGCCCAAGGAAAGAGCCAAGAUAGAUUUUCUUCUAAAAAAUGGAAUAUGCAGCACCCAGCAGAAAGAAGAACCAAGAGCGCUCGAGGAUAUAUGCACAUUUAACAAGGCAGAACUAAAAGAAUUUGUCUCAAAAAUAAUGGAUCUUAGACACACAGCCACCACAGAAGAAGGGCAAGAAAGAAUAAUUGAAAAAAUAACCAGUUUGUAUUUCAAUGACUAAAAAUAAAAAUAGUCAGAAACUACUCUACCCCCAUGAGAAUCCAAAAAAAAUACGCCACACUACCAGAAUAAUAAAUAUUUAGGAUAGCU